AUGUUUCACAUAAAGUCGGAGAUAUUAAAAUAUGUGGAUCCAACAGGAACCUAAUGUCAAUGAUAUUGCUUGUUUUAAAGAUAACCCAUGCAGAAUUACUGUGCAGCACGACGCAAUAAUUUACAUCCCCAUCGCUUCCCACGGGGUUACGUCGGUCUGAAUGACGUAGUUUGAGAGAAGAUUGCGCCAUUUUGAAAGUGGAUGGACGGAAGGAAUCGGGAGUGGAGUGUAGUGAGAGGGGAGUGAGCGUGAGGGAGGCGAGCAGGGAACCAGCCCCGGUCGCUUUUUUGCAUCGCUGUCCACCUCCGUUCCUUGCGGUAAUCACACUUAUCGUAGCCGGGCGAAAAUUGGAAAGAUCCAGGCCCUAGACCGCGACAGAGACUCUCACUCACCAUGGCAGGAGUGGGCGGGGCUGGCGGCGACGUGCAGUGGUGCUUCUCGCAGGUGAAGGGGGCCAUUGAUGACGAUGUGGCCGAAGCUGACAUCAUCUCUACUGUGGAGUUCAGCCGUUCGGGGGAGCUGCUAGCCACAGGGGAUAAGGGCGGCAGAGUCGUCAUCUUCCAGCAGGUCCCAGAGAGUAAGAGUCAGCCUCAGUGCCGGAGCGAGUACAACGUCUACAGCACCUUCCAGAGCCACGAGCCCGAGUUUGACUACCUGAAGAGCUUGGAGAUCGAGGAGAAAAUCAACAAGAUCCGAUGGCUGCCCCAGAAGAACGCCGCACAUUUCCUGUUGUCCACAAACGAUAAGACUAUAAAGUUGUGGAAGAUCAGUGAACGAGACAAGAGGCCUGAGGGGUACAACCUUAAAGAGGAGGACGGGCGCUACAGGGACCCCUCGACCGUCACGACGCUAAGGGUGCCUGUGUUCAGACCCAUGGAUCUGAUGGUGGAGGCCAGCCCCAGGCGCGUGUUCGCCAACGCACACACCUACCACAUCAACUCCAUCUCCGUCAACAGCGACCACGAGACCUACCUGUCCACCGACGACCUGCGUGUCAACCUCUGGCACCUGGAGAUCACCGACCGCAGCUUCAACAUCGUGGACAUUAAGCCUGUCAACAUGGAGGAGCUGACGGAGGUGAUCACGGCGGCGGAGUUCCACCCAAACCACUGCAACACCUUCGUCUACAGCAGCAGCAAGGGCUCCAUCCGGCUGUGCGACAUGCGGGCCUCCGCACUCUGCGACAAGCACUCCAAACUGUUGGAGGAGCCGGAGGACCCCAGCAGCCGCUCCUUCUUCUCGGAGAUCAUCUCGUCCAUCUCAGACGUGAAGUUCAGCCACAGCGGCCGGCACCUGAUGACGCGCGACUACCUGUCCAUCAAGAUCUGGGACCUCAACAUGGAGAACAGGCCCGUGGAGACCUACCAGGUUCACGAGUACCUGAGGAGCAAGCUGUGCUCCCUGUAUGAGAACGACUGCAUCUUCGACAAGUUUGAGUGCUGCUGGAAUGGGAACGACAGCGUGGUCCUGACCGGCUCCUACAACAACUUCUUCCGGAUGUUUGAGCGGGGCCAGCGGCGGGACGUGACCCUGGAGGCGUCCCGCGAGGGCAGCCGGCCGCGCUCGCUGCUCAGGCCGCGCAAGGUGUGCGCUGGCGGAAAGCGCCGGAAGGACGAGAUCAGCGUGGACAGCCUGGACUUCAGCAAGAAGAUCCUGCACACCGCCUGGCACCCCAGCGACAACAUCAUCGCCGUGGCCACCACCAACAACCUCUACAUAUUCCAGGACAAGCCCAACUAGAGCCUGGAGAGCACCGAUCUGCGUCCUACACCCGCCCCCCUCUUUACCCCGCCCCCUCAUGACUCCUCCCCCGGGUCUCAGCCCCUCCCUCUGAAGAGCGGAGGGAGACGGGCGCGCUCCCUGGGUCUCAGCCCCUCCCUCUGAAGAGCGGAGGGAGACGGGUGCGCUCCCUGGGUCGUCCGCCAGACCGCCUGCGCAGCACCUUUUCGAGAAGUGAAACGCAACGCGGCAAGAGUCGCUCAGAAGCAUCCCACUUCCUCUGAGUGGGGCCAUCCUGACCUUUUUUAAAAAAAAAACGAGUUUGUAUGUACACAUUUUGUUUUGCGGUCAAAUUCAGUCAUCGAAACGUUUUUAUUUCGCCUCCACGAUGGCACAGCCUUGGCCGGAGGCAUUAUGUUUUUGGGCUGUCCGUCCCUCCGUCUGUCCGUCCAUCCGGCCGUCUGUCCCAUCUGUCCAUCCCAUUCUCGUGAACGUGAUAUCUCAGGAACACCUUGAGGGAAUUUCUUCAAAUUUGGCACAAACGUCCACAUGGAAUCAAGGAUGAACUGAUUAGAUUUUGGUGGUCAAAGGUCAAAGAUCAAGGUCACUGUGACCUCACAAAAGACGUUUUUGCCUUGGCGGAGGCAUACAACCGCGAGGCGGUAUUACUAGUUUGUUUUUUUUUUUCCCUCCCCCGUUUUCUUUCCUCCUUACUGUCCAGUAAGUAACUCCACCCCCCUUCACAAAAACCCAAAGGCUUCCUUCUGAAGUUCUGGGCCAUCCCACACACUCCUUUUUUUAGACUUUUUGUAAACCGUGUAGGAAAAAUGUGGGAUUUUGCUGCCAAGUUUGUUCACUCCUACGCAAAAAGAAAGAGAGAGACCCUGACCUCAGUUGGUGGGUUGGUCUGUAUUUGUGAAGGCGUGGUCUAGGUGGAAUGAACAGGUGAGGACUCACAGGUGAGGUGGACAAGCUUCCUACCUGCGGCUCCUGGACAGAUGGACACUGGACGCCACUGGGUCGGUUUUAACGAUGGUGAGUGUGGCGCGCGUACCCUUUACCGCCCCCAACUUCCUCUAAACGUCCUGUACAUGAACGCCAAGCCGUCCAUGCACCCCUCCCCUCCCCUGCCCUGCCCCUGCUGCCCUCGGAGCACUGGAGUGGAGGAUCCCACACGUGUGUGACGUGUCACUCCCCCGCCCGGGACACGCCCCAAUUCCCCCCCACCCUGGAGAGAUCGGCCGGCUGCUCGUCUGUGUUGGGCUGAAGUCAUUCUGCCCUUUCUUUUGAACUUUGUCCAGGGUUAUAGAGAAUAAUGUCCACCAGGAAAGGGUCUAAGAUGUUUAUCGUAUUUAUAAAUUGUAAAAAUUUCUCUCCUUGGAAUGGUUUCUUAUUUUUGUUUUUAAAGAAAGUUUUCUUUCUUUCUCUCUCUUAACCUCAGAAUGACAUGUACGUGUUAGGGAAUUAAUGUGCAGAGUUUAUUUUUGUAUAAUGGUGGAACAGGAGCAAGACACUGUAAUUACCCAUAGCCCUGUUCUACUGGAACAACAGUGAGAGACUUAUUACCCACAGCACUGUUCUCCUGGAACAGGAGCGAGAGACUAAUUACCCACAGCACUGUUCUCCUGGAACAGGAGCGAGAGACUAAUUACCCACAGCACUGUUCUCCUGGAACAGGAGCGAGAGACUAAUUACCCACAGCACUGUUCUCCUGGAACAGGAGCGAGAGACUUAUUACCCACAGCACUGUUCUCCUGGAACAACAGUGAGAGACUAAUUACCCACAGCACUGUUCUCCUGGAACAGGAGCGAGAGACUUAUUACCCACAGCACUGUUCUCCUGGAACAGGAGCGAGAGACUAAUUACCCCCAGCACUGUUCUCCUGGAACAGGAGCAAGAGACUAAUUACCCACAGCACUGUUCUCCUGGAACAGGAGCGAGAGACAAAUUACCCACAGCACUGUUCUCCUGGAACAGGAGCGAGAGACUUAUUACCCACAGCACUGUUCUCCUGGAACAGGAGCGAGAGACAAAUUACCCACAGCACUGUUCUCCUGGAACAGGAGCCGAGACUGUAAUUACCAGUUACCAUUAUUGUUGGUUAAUCAUAAUACAAUCCACUGAAAUUAGAGCCGAUAGAUUAGAGCCGGUUAGAGCAGAUUGUCCUAUGCAGUUACAUUACGAAACCAGACAAAAUGAAAGAAAGCUAAAUAAGCUAUGCUUCACCAUUGCGUAGUUAAACCUAAAGACCUAAAGGGCAGCCCUGCUCUAGCUGUUGAAUGAUUCUACUAAUUAGCAGCUCCACAAGCUGUCUAGCUGUUGAAUGAGGUGUGCUUUAUUAGGGUUGGAAUGAAAACCUACAGGACGCUAGAUCUCCAGGAACAGGGUUGGGCAGCCCUGCACUAGCUGUUGAAUGAGGGGUGCUUUGUUAGGGUUGGAAUCAAAACUUACAGGACGCUAGAUCUCCAGGAACAGAGUUGGGCAGUCCUGAUAUAAGGCAUUUGUGUGAUAUGCGUGUGGCAUUAAUGCAGUUAAUUAUUGAGGUUUGUAAAGGUGGCAGUGUCGCUCUGUUGUUGGAAAGGGUUAAAGGUUGCAUGUGUGAGCUGCUCCAUUUUAACGUGCUGGAUGUAGGAUUCGGCCAGAUGCCCGUCUAAAAGCCCUCUGUGAGCACGUCAUUACCACGUCCUCUGAAGUAUUCAUUUCCACACCUGUCACCUGAGCCCUUUGGAACAGCCAGAUAAAAAUCUGUGAGCUGGGGAGUGUGUGAGGCAGCACACGUAAGACUGGCCUCAGCUGUGCCAAGCUUCUGACUGGAACUCUGUGCAAAAGAGCACCAUAGCUAACUUAGCAGUGUGAGGUAAUGUUCUAAAAUUAGGACAAAUCCAGUCUUCAUCUUUUUGCAGGAACAUGUUUAAGAUUGUUCCUCCACACACAGACAGCCACAUACAACCUUUAUUAUGCUAGAGUGGUGUAAACUGUCUUUGAGUCUGGAGAUAAAGGGAAAAAAGAAGGAUUUAUAAUGUUUGUAGAGGCAUGGAAAAGCCCAGUUCGGGAGCAGACGAGAGAGAGACCAGGGCUCACUGCUGUGUUCCUGUGGCAUGACCACACUUCCUGCUCUUGACCAUCCUCUUCACGUUCCUAACAUUGAAAGUUCUCUCUGCUGUUGAAGCUGAAGUUAUGCUUUGUGUCUUGAGAAUGUUCCCUAGGGGGUGUGACCAAUGAGAGUAUGGGUGCACUUGUUUACCGACACGCCCCACCCCUGGCCACGGGACGGGAGGAGAACGGGAAGUGCAUGGCAUCGCUGCCGCAUCAGAGGGCCCAGUUUAAAUCGAGUGAAAAUUCCGCCUAAUUGGUGCACCCUAUAUUUGGCAGGACACACCUCCUCAUGAAUAUUCAUGAACUUAAAUGCUACAGAGGAUGGAUGCUGUGAACAUCUGACCAUCCAGGUUCAAGAAAAUUGGGGCACUUCUUUGCUGGUUGGGAGCUGAGCAGCCAUAGGCUGCAAAGCUCUGUUGUAUUUUCCCAUCCAUUUGUACUGGCUUUAAUCUGCAGGAAAUGUUUUCUCUCUCAGCCAGCCUUGCAGGCUGAGCUCUGAUUCUGAGGAAACUGAAGAGCGGAGGUCUGGACCCUCGCACCCUCCUGACAGACAGAAAGGACGCAGGCGUGGUGAGUGCUAGACUCCUGCCACUGGCGUUCUGCACACUGCUGCGGCCCAGGGCCACUCCUGGUGCGUUCGGACGGACGGCGACUGGAGUAUUAACAGGGACAGUCCUGGAGUGACUGACUGCUUCUGUCCAGGCCAUCCUCCCCCCCCCCCCCCCC